AUGAACGACAAAAUAGUGAUUCGAGAGCCCCUGUUCGCGGCGCCGAACGAGGGCAAGAGCGGCGCGGGCCAGUACGAGCAAGAGAACUUCUUCGGCGGGGAAAGGAAAGAUGGGGCGAACCUGACCCACCAUAUAGGCACAAAUGGGCCAUACAAAAGGUGUGAGAGGUGGGAACACGAUGGGGGAAGCGAACAGAGGAGUGACCCCCCCCUCCAGUUAAACGAAAGAGAAGACAUGAGCUGUUUUGUCAACUACAAAGGGGAUACGCAAAAUUUAAGUCACGAAAAAAAUGUUUUCGUUUCGUUUAGAAAAGGAGAAAUAAACCCCACCUACAAUAUAAUGGAUAACAUACACGAUGUGCAUUACACCAGGAGAGGUACCAACGGUUUAAAUGAUUAUUUGAGGCACGUGAAGAUCAAUCACACCGCUCCUUGCGUGGGUGAGUUCAGGACCUGCAUGCAUUGCUUCCUCAGCAUCGCGACUCUCUUUUGCAAAACGUGUAAUGUAUUUCUCUGCGCAGUGUGCAGCAUCAAGUUGCAUAAAAAUGAGAAAGACCACGUAGUCAACGUGGCCAGCAGUGGCUUGUUCGAAAAUGACUGCUCCUAUAAUGAUGUCAUCGUGAGGGAGAAGGACAAAUGGCUAGUCGAGAUGGAUAAUAAUAUCCCAGUGAAAAUUAGGGAGAAGUGUCCUGUGCAUACGAAUGAGUAUGUGAAGUACGCCUGCAAGAGUUGCCAGUACACUUUGCUGUGUAGUGACUGCUUGCUGAAUGACCCUGUGCAUGUGCAGAAUGAGGUAGUGGGUGGGGGGAACUCCCCCGGGGAGAAGCGGCAGGAUGGGGCGCACGCCCAGGAAGGGUCCCCCCGCAGCGACCAAGAAGGGGAGAACGAUGGCGGUGGGAGUGCAGCUCCCUUGCGCGGUGGCGACCCGCCAAGCCAAACCAUCGUCAGCAUACACCAAAAGGGGGACACAGCCGUGUCGCCCACCACCACGCGUAUCACCACGCCGCCUACCCCCGCGGACGACUUGCUGGCGCACCUGAAGCCGGGGUUCAAGCUAAUCCGCGGCGGCCACGAAAUAUACACCCUGGUGGACGCGAAAAAUGAAAUAAAGCGGGAACUGAAUGACAAACUAGAAGUCUUGUGCCGAAAAUCGCUAGUCCUCAAAAAUGCAAUUCCGUCGCUGAGGAACACCUACAAGUACGGAAAGAUCACGAGCAAAAAUGUGAAGAGGUCCAUAAGGGCUUCUUUCACCAUCACGAAUAGCUACCUAGAAAAGAGAAAAAAAAAAUUACACGAAGAGCUAAAAGUGGUACAGGACAAAAGCACCAACUUUUUAAAAACGAUAGACGAGCAGAGAAUAAACUAUCACAGCUACCUUGGGAUGAAGAAAAAUGAAAUUCAGCACAUGGUGAAGUUGAGUGGUCGAAAUGCAGGUCUCUCUUUGGACUACUACGUGCAGAAAUUAGAAUCAUACAAGUGUCUAUUUUUUUCUAAGGGAAACCUAAUAGACAUAGAGAAGAAGCUGGAGAUCCCCCACUCGAAUAUGAAGUCGGAGCAUUUGCCUUCCCUUGUAGAAACGAUGAGGGUGGACGUUUUGGAAGCGAAAAAAAAGGUUAGCGACGCCUCUGCACUGAUUAAGAAAGAAUUUGAGAAACUCUUCAGGUGUAGUAGCGAGAUUGCUGUCUACCCUGCGCACUUUAGGCACAUCCUCCAGAAGAGGAUAUACGCCGGGGGGAGGGUCGAGCCGGUGGAUGUGGACGCGAGGAGGCGGCAGAGGUACUUUCACAUCCUCCCCUUCACAGAUCUGUAUAUGAACAUGCAGGUGACCUUCCAGCAGCAGUUCUUGCGGAAGGACUCCCUGCAUCAGAAGUGGGAGGUGCGCACCGUUUCGCUGCGCUCUGUUUAUUUGUGUGUGCACACGCAUGCGGGGGAGGUGAUGAGCGACGUGAUGAGCGGCGUGGCAAACGGCGUAGGGAGUGGUGGAGGCCCCCAUGGCGCGUUCCCCGCCCAGCUGCCUCUCUCGGAGGACCCCCCCCAAAGCAGCCACUUCAUCCAGAAGAGCGAAAUAAAAAACCUCAGCAACGACAUCGAAUCCGUUGUGAGUCUCCCCAACGUGAGCGUCAAGCUGUUUUCCCACGAGGACAUAACGAACAUAACAAUCUUGGAGAGGAGGAACCACCCCUACGGGAUAGAAAUCACGGAGUAUAAUGAGAAGAGGGAUUUGUGUGGCUACUGGUUGUUGACGGCCAAGAAGGAGAGCGAUGUGAAUGCCCUGUUUGACCUGUUGAUGGGUGUUAAGAAGCAGAACAAAACGGGUGCAGUGGUCCCAUCUUUCCACCCAAAGAUAAAUAUGAGCAACCCGAUGUUUCAUUUCCACCAGAAGAAUGUAAACGAGGUGUAUAAGCAGUUGGCGGGGGGCCUGGUGGAAGGGCCAGUUGUGCUCCUUCCCGGGGAGAACACCCACAUGGGGGAGGCUAACGAGAAUCGCUUGAGGGGGGAUGAACUGGGAAGGCAGCAGGGCAGCCUCGAAACGGGGCAAAGCAGCCACAGUGGUGAUUACACCUAUGAGCGGUUCAGGAGGGACUCCAGCCUGCUACACUACUACGAGGGCAUGGACGACCCGGAGUAUAGCCAGCAUGUGAAGAGCCACAAAAUUGAGGACUUUAUCGUUGGCCAGACAGACGUGUCCCCUUCGAAUGAGGAGAUGGCGCUAGCGGAGUGCAGCCAGGAUAGCUGCUCUGGGGAGGGCGCCACGGAGAAAAUCACCACAGAGGGAUCCCCCGCAGAGGAGGCAUCAAACGAACCGCUUGCCUGA